AAACUGAAUCGUUUUGGGUGGUCCUGGUUCUGUGCUGUUUUGUCUGCAUUUGGUUGAGUCGUUGGACACACAAACACACAGAGAGAAACAGAGAAAGAGACAUAGUCAGAGAAAGCAUUGGGAUAUGUUUAUGGGACAAAAUCCUCAACUCAUUUUAUGAGCCUCUGAUUUGCCUGAAAUAUAUCAUCCAAUCCCUUCUUCUUCUUCUUUCCAUAAAACAUGCACAGCAACAUCAUAGAUUUUGAAAGAAUUAACUCAUAUUAAUACUAUCAUUCAAACUUAAUUGCCUUUCUCUAAGGGUAGGAAAUUUUCCUGGAAAAUCUCCUGGAAUUCCGGGAAAUUAUUAUCUGAGCACGUUCUGCUCUGUAUCGGGUCCCCAGGUUGACGUUUUUAUACUUGUAUAACACUAGAGAGUUUAUUCGGUGUUCACUACUGUUCACUGCAAAUCCAAAUUGGUGCUUCCUUUGCUUUCGUGUGUGUGAGAGAGAGAUGGGUUCCUACGGAAAUCUUUCAAGGAGGGCUGUGGAAACCAAUAUGCCGAUAAUGGUUCAGAUGCAGGAAUUGCUCCAAGGUGCUAAGAAUGCUGUAUCUUUGGCCCAGGGGGUGGUUUAUUGGCAACCUCCAAAGCAAGCAUUGGAUAAGGUGAAAGAACUUGUGUGGGAGCCUUCUAUUAGUCGUUAUGGUGCUGAUGAAGGUCUUCCUGAACUUCGAGCGGCUCUACUGAACAAGUUGCGUAGGGAAAAUAAUUUGCACAGAUCCUCAGUAAUGGUUACAGCAGGUGCCAAUCAGGCAUUUGUGAAUCUAGUUCUUACUCUGUGUGAUCCGGGGGAUUCUGUGGUUAUGUUUGCUCCUUACUACUUCAAUGCAUACAUGUCCUUCCAGAUGACUGGCGUUACCAAUAUACUAUUGGGUCCUGGUAACCCAGAAACACUUCAUCCAGAUGCAGAUUGGUUGGAAAAAAUACUAUCGGAAAGUAAACCUGUCCCAAAGCUUGUUACUGUUGUAAAUCCAGGCAACCCAACUGGAACCUACAUUCCAGAGUCUCUUCUAAAGAGGAUUUCAGAUCUCUGCAAGAAUGCUGGCUCUUGGCUUGUUGUUGACAAUACAUAUGAGUAUUUUAUGUACGAUGGUCUGAAACACACUUGUCUGGAGGGAGAUCACAUCGUUAAUGUUUUCUCUUUCUCGAAAGCAUAUGGAAUGAUGGGAUGGCGGGUUGGAUAUAUAGCAUACCCAUCUGAAGUAGAAGGACUUGGUCGUCAACUUCUCAAAGUUCAAGACAACAUUCCCAUCUGUGCUUCAAUAAUUUCACAAUACCUUGCCCUCUACUCCUUAGAAAUGGGACCUGAGUGGGUUACAGAACGAGUAAAAACUCUUGUCAAGAACAGAGAAAUUGUUUUAGAAGCCCUUUCCCCUCUUGGAGAGGGUUCAGUGAAAGGAGGAGAAGGUGCUAUAUACCUAUGGGCAAAGCUUCCAGAAGGACAUGGUUAUGAUGAUUUUCAAGUUGUUCACUGGCUAGCUAAUAGGCAUGGGGUUGCUGUAAUACCAGGAAGUGCAUGUGGUGGUUCUGGCAAUCUUAGAAUUUCAUUUGGAGGUUUGACAGAGAAUGAUUGCAAAGCAGCAGCAGAAAAGCUCAAGAAAGGCUUGGAAGAGUUGGUUAUGAAUGGGUUGGUGCAGGAGGACUAGUCACUUCUAGUUCUACUACAUCUCCUUCCCAUGCCCUUCAACUCUCCCUGUCCAAAAGGAAAGCAUUGGGGGAAAAAAAAUUAAAGAUAUCUAUGGAAAGAAAGUCCAUUUGCCAGUGGAAUAAAUUUGCAACUGGUGAAUUUGAAUAAAUGUGGGAUUUACUUUCAGCCUGAAGGUUUUAUUAUUCUCAUUUUGAUAGUAUCAAUACAGUGGAUAAAUGCAUAUACAUUUUUUUCCCCAUGUAUAUUCAUUAAUAU